CUACGCAAUUGCACAGUCUACCAGUUAACAAUGGCCACUCUUACUUUGGCCGUUCGGGCGAGUCACGCCUUGCUCGCUCCCCCUCUUCUCGUUGCCCAUCUUAUCAAUGAGAAGAAGACUGAAUCUCUAGUUACUAUUAAGCUCGAGGACGUAGAGACCAUCAAGACGACCCACGGUGAAGGCGUUGUCGAGCUCACUGCGGGCUCGUCCACACCUGUUUAUGGUGACAGCGCCGUGCUCAAGAAGCUCCUUGCGGACUAUCCAAUUCCCUCGCAGCAGCAAAAGGCGGAGGAGGAAUGGCUCGAACGCGCCGUUGCUUUCACAAACCCCACCUUUAAAGCCUUUGAGGCUGCACUCGGAGAGCUCGAUGCUCAUCUGACUCUGCGAUCAUUCAUUGUCGGAUACAGUCUCACUCCAGCCGAUCUUGCAGCCUGGGGUGCUCUCCGCGGAAACAAGGCGGCUUUCGCUUUUGUCCGCCGAAACACGCUCGCGAACGUGGGACGUUGGUUCCGCUACGUCGACGAGAUCAUUCCUUGGGCUGGCAAGGCUGUUGAGUCGCUGAGUGCUUCGGCAAAGGAGAAGAAAUCAGCAAAGAGCCGAGAGGGUGCCAGCUACGACAUUGCUCUGCCGGACGUCGAAAAGGGUGUUAUUACCCGUUUCCCUCCGGAGCCUUCGGGCUAUCUCCACAUCGGACAUGCCAAGGCGGCUUUGUUGAACGACUACUUCGCCCACGAGCAAUACAAAGGAACGCUUCUUCUUCGAUUCGAUGACACCAACCCCUCCAAGGAAAAGCAGGAGUACCAAGAUGCAAUUAUCGAGGACCUAUCUCUUAUGGCCAUCUACCCUAACAAGACCUCGUACACUAGUGACUACUUUGAUGAGCUGUACGAUUACUGUGUCCAGAUGAUCAAGGAGGGCAAUGCCUACGCCGACAACACUGACCAGGAAACCAUGCGGUACCAGAGAAUGCACGGUAUCCCCAGCAACUGCCGCGACAACAGCGCUGAGGAGAACCUGGCUCAUUUCGAGGAAAUGAAGAAGGGCUCCGAGGAAGGACUUACCUGGUGCAUUCGGGCCAAGAUUUCUGUCGAUAAUCCAAACAAGGCCAUGCGCGAUCCCGUCAUCUAUCGUUGCAACCCGCUCCCUCAUCACCGCACCGGCAGCAAGUGGAAGAUCUACCCCACCUACGACUUCUGUUGCCCAAUUGUCGACUCCAUUGAGGGAGUCACUCACGCUCUCAGAACUAUUGAGUACCGUGACCGUAACCCUCAGUACCACUGGAUGCUGAAGGCACUUCACCUUCGUGAUGUCCACAUCUGGGACUUUGCCCGCAUGAACUUUGUUCGCACUCUGCUUUCCAAGCGUAAGCUGACCAAGUUCGUCGAUGACGGUGUUGUCUGGGGCUGGGAUGACCCGCGUUUCCCCACUAUCCGUGGUAUCCGCCGCCGGGGUAUGACCAUUGGCGCUCUGCGCGAGUUCAUCCUCAAGCAAGGACCGAGCCGGAACAUUGUCAACCUUGACUGGACCCUCUUCUGGGCCACCAACAAGAAGUACAUUGACCCGAUCGCUCCUCGUCACGUCGCCGUGGUCAAGGAGAACGCUGUCCCCUGUACAAUUGUCGGUGCCCGCGCAGCUCCUUACUCCGAGGACAAGCCCAAGCACGCCAAGAACGCCGAGGUUGGUCUCCGGAAGAUCUGGUACAGUGGCUCGAUCUUGAUCGAUCAGGAAGAUGCCCAGUCCUUCAAGCAGGACGAGGAGAUUACCCUUAUGCAAUGGGGCAAUGCCAUUGUUCGCAAGAUCUCCCACUCGAUCAACCCCUUGAACAAGAACGUGACUGGCUUGGAGCUUGAGUUACACCUCCAGGGUGAUGUCAAGAAGACUGAGAAGAAGGUCACCUGGCUGUCGACCGAAGGCCAGGAGCUUGUUCCCGUUGAGCUCGUCGACUUUGACUACUUGAUCACCAAGGAUAAGCUCGAGGAAGACGACAAGGUGGACGACUUCUUGACCCCCAACACUGAGUUCCGCACCAGCGCUGUUGCGGAUUGCAAUGUUGCCGACCUUAAGGCCGAUGAUAUUAUUCAGUUUGAGCGUAAGGGCUACUACAGAGUGGACAAGCCCUUCCAGCAUGGACAGCCAGCCGUCCUGUUCAACAUUCCCACUGGCAAGACCAAAUAGAGAAGAGGAUAGAUUAGAGUCUGAGGGCCUAUACUGAGGGCCCAUACACGGCAAUCUAGCGGCCAUAUAUGAGUAUAGUACUUUAUGAAAUCAUGUUAAAAUAAAAUUUGUUUUCCUAUUUCGUCCUUUGUCGGCUGCAGAGAUGACCUUUUACUUCUCUUUCGAACUCCACCUAUGUUCUUUCUUGAUCUUUUGAUUGAUGAUCACCCAACAAAUGAGGUAUACAUAGAUGCAUCGUGAAGAACAGAAGAAAGAUAAAUAAAUAAGAUAGUCGAGAUGACAUAACACCCGUCCCGUCAAAUAUGAUCCGCAUGCAUCGGGCCCUAAAACACCAUCUACGCCCCAAGCUCCAUUACCCAAACUAGAAAUACACCAACCCAAAGGAAAAGAAUGAAGAAGAAACUCGAGACUUUUAUCCAUCACACCGCAUAUAUCAAUGCAUCCUGUUGCUCAGCGCGUGAGACCAACCAAGGACAGUUUCG